UUCAAUUUCUCGCUACCCAUUUCUGUCCAGUCUCUUCCACCCCCGACCCGCCUUUUGCUUCUUCAUCCACCGCCCUCAAUUUCAAUCCUUUCCUCUUACACUUGUGCUUCCCUCGACGAUACGUAUCCUUUGAUUCCACUCGAGGCCACCCCUCAUUUUCACUGUCUUGUUUCGCCAAUCUUUGGUUUUUUCCAACACCCCCUUUAAUGUCAUCCCUGCUUCGAAUCCCUCCCUUUCAUGAUUAGGGUUAGGGCAAUCACGCGUAUGGAAGCGUCCCCCGACCCCGUCACUCCUCCGGUGACUUCCAGCUCCAAUCGAUACGGUAUCCCAUCUGCUUCUAAUAUUAUUCAGGCGCCCUUGUCUUUGUUGUUGGAGCAUUUAGGGAUUCUUCGAAGCAGGUCUAAUCAACAAGAGACUGAGCCCUUAAUCAACAACAAUAGACUGUCUUCUGGAUUCCGUGAUGCUUUACGGAAUCGCCUUGGCGAGUCCUCCGUCAUUCCUAAUGAUGGAGAGGUGUCUAUUAGUAUUAUUGGGGCUGGGGAGCAACGACUUGAUAGGGAAGGCGAAGUGAGGGAAGUUCUGUCCCAGAAUGAAGUAUCGAUACCGGCGCAACCCUUGGCUGGGAUGCCCUCUGCGACGGUUCCUCCUGCUCCGGGCAAUCAGGAACGUUCAAGAACUGAGCAUGUUGCAGAAGAGGGCGUUUCCCAAUCUGUGAAUGCAAAUUCUGAUGCUGAGGCUGGUGAUGGAGUUGGUGCUAACGCUAGGGAUUCUUCAUCCCAGAGGUAUGAUAUUCAGCAGGCUGCUCGCUGGAUUGAGCAGGUCCUGCCUUUUUCUUUGCUGUUGCUGGUCGUCUUCAUUCGGCAGCAUUUGCAAGGUUUUUUUGUUACAAUUUGGGUUACUGCUGUCCUUUUCAAGUCAAAUGACAUUUUGCGGAAGCAGACAGCUCUAAAGGGAGAGAGAAAAUUUCCUGUAUUGAUUACCAUUUCUAUUGCAUUUACACUGCACGUGGUUGGGGUAUAUUGGUGGUGUCAGAAUAAUGACAUGCUAUACCCGUUGGCUAUGCUUCCUCCCAAAGUCAUACCUCCAUUUUGGCAUGUUAUUUUCAUCAUCACAGUGAAUGAUGCUUUGGUCCGCCAGGCAGGAAUGGUAUUCAAGUGUAUUUUGUUGAUGUAUUACAAGAAUGGCAGAGGCCGAAAUUAUCGUAAGCAGGGCCAAAUGUUGACUCUAGUUGAGUACCUACUCCUCCUUUACCGUGCCUUGUUGCCAACUCCAGUAUGGUAUCGAUUCUUCUUGAACAAGGAAUAUGGAAGUUUCUUUUCUUCAUUGAUGACAGGAUUAUAUCUAACAUUUAAGCUGACGUCAGUCAUUGAGAAGGUGCAAUCCUUCUUUGCUGCAGUGAAGGCAUUGUCACGUAAAGAAGUGCACUAUGGGGCUUAUGCGACAUCGGAACAGGUGAAUGCCGUUGGUGAUCUUUGUGCUAUUUGCCAGGAGAAGAUGCAUACCCCAAUCUUACUCUCUUGUAAUCACAUCUUCUGUGAAGAAUGUGUAUCAGAAUGGUUUGAGAGGGAAAGGACCUGCCCCUUGUGCAGGGCGUUGGUGAAACCUGCUGAUCUUAAAUCAUUUGGGGAUGGCUCUACUAGUUUGUUUUUCCAGUUAUUCUAAAUUCAGAUGAUACAAAAGGUUUCAAGUUAUCCAAAGCUGAUAGUAGUCCUGAUCCAUACAUCAGCACGGGUAACGUCUCCAUGAAAAUAGCAUCGCACCAAAUGGAGUUAGACUGCUCAUCUGUUCAUAUGAUGUAUUAGUAAUAUGUUGAAGUGUGUAUCUGAACAGGCGCUGUAAUCUAGAGGAAGCUAAUCGAACAGUUAAUCAAAUGUACAUUCGGGGGGGAAUGAGAGUCUGCCUUUCCAUUUCCUAUUUGUAUCGUCUGGUUAAUGUAACAUUUCUUGACAGAAAUUCAGGCCCAAAAAGAAUCUCUACAGAAAUUGCUACACUUGUACUUUUUGUUCCUUUA